UGGCGCGACACCUACAUCAGUGAAGAGUUCAUGCGCAAAAUGCUGCCCUUUCAGAAAGUCAACCGUUUUCCAGGGUCGUACGAGCUGGGCCGAAAAUCAAACCUGACCCUCAACCUGAGGCGGAUGGCCAGACUUCUCCCCAAAGACUACGACUUCUACCCUCGCGCGUGGGUGAUUCCCAAGGAGCAGGAAGAAUUCACCAAAUUUGCAAAGGCCAACCCCGCGACCAACUUCAUCGCCAAGCCAUAGGCAGGCUGCCAAGGCCGCGGCAUCAUAAUAUUGCCCAAGCCUCUAGAAUUCCAGCCUCAGGAGACGAUGGUGGUGCAAGAGUACAUCAAAAGACCCUUCCUGAUCGACGGGCUGAAGUUCGACAUCCGCCUUUACGUCCUGCUUAAAUCAGUCGACCCGCUGCGGCUGUUCCUGUACCGGGAGGGGCUGGCAAGGUUCGCCACCGAACGAUACCAACCCCCAACAGCUGACAACCUCGCCUAGCUGAACCUGCAUCUGACCAACUACGCGAUCAACCGAAAGAGCCCGGGCUUCAUCUUCAACACCAGUGUCGAGCAAGACAACGUAGGCCACAAGCGCUCCUUCAGCUCGGUGCUGCAGCUGCUGCGAGCCUAGGGCCACAACGUCAAUGAGCUCAUGGUCCGCAUCGAGGCCAUCAUCAUCAAGACCUUCGCCUCUGCCUACCCCUUGCUCAAGCAGCAGUAUGUGGCCAACUCGAACGGCCGGCCUGACCUCUGCUUUGAGGUGUUCGGGGUGGACAUCCUGCUGGAUGAGGGGCUGCUGCCCCAUCUGCUGGAGGUGAACCACACCCCCAGCUUCAGUACGGACACGCCCCUGGACAGCGCGAUCAAGCGCAGCCUCGUAUUCGACACUCUGCGGCUGAUCAACGUUAGCCCCGAGCUCAAGCGUAUCUACUUCGAGGAGAAACCAGAAAACCGUAGGAAGAUGAAGUUUCCCUGCCACCCCGAGGGACCCGAUCCUGUGCGGCACCUGGGGCUGUCGACCUACCUGCAGCCGAGCGAGCGGAUCUAUCUUCGAGAGGGGGACACCGAGAUCAGCAAGUACUUCCUGAAGCCGAAACUGAAAUCGUUCAUCGACGAAAAGCUCAAGAUCGUGGUGGAGCAGGCUCGGGAGCGGGAGGACAGUGAGCGCAGACCCUCCUUCUUCAAGACGAACCUGAGCCAGCUGAAGCAGAUGCGGGACGUGCGGUACCUCAAGCAGCUGCGCGAGGGGAUAAAGGGCACAGACUACUCCAUCCCCGAGCCGAACAUCCUCGAGGUCAACGGCGAAACCUGUCCAUCAAGUACGCCCCCAAGAUGA